AUGAUCGAAUGUGGCAUUGGACGUCAUUAUCCUAGUAGAAAUAGUGAUGGGAUAUGCAUCAAUGGUGGUGUGUAUUAUAUAGCUCGUUUUUAUAGGGAUGAUGAUCAUGAGCCUGAUCUUGCGAUAGUUUGCUUUGAUGUGAGGUUGGAGAAGUAUAGAGUUAUUAACGAAGCUGAGGACAUGCAUCUGUUAGGUUCUUCAACUGUUGUAAACUACAAGGCUGGAGAGGACGAGUUAUACAUUGUUGGAGUGGUUGGUGGUACUGAUGAAGUUGUGUUGUGGCCGGAAUCUGUAAAUCCGUUGUAUGUUUACUACUACAACAUGGAGAGGAACACUUUCAGAAGAGUUGAGAUCAAAGGAAUGGAGGCGGUUAGUGACUAUACAAAGUACAUGACUCUAGACUAUGUAGAGGACGUGAAGCUUAUGAAAUAUGUUUAG